GGCGCUGGGAGCUGAGCUGUGGGGUCCCCGCGCCCCCCCCCUCCAAGAUGUCCUACUUCACCGAGCACUUCUGGGGCGAGAAGAACCACGGCUUCGACGUGCUCUACCACAACAUGAAGCACGGGCAGAUCUCCACCAAGGAACUGGCUGACUUCGUCCGGGAGAGGGCCGCCAUCGAGGAGAACUACGCCAAGGCCAUGGUGAAGCUGUCGAAGAUGGCCACCAACGGGACCCAGCUGGGGACUUUCGCGCCGCUGUGGGAGGUUUUCCGCAUCUCCUCGGACAAGCUGGCCCUGUGCCACCUGGAGCUGAUGAAGAAGCUGCACGACCUCAUCAAGGAGAUCUCCCGCUACGGGGAGGAGCAAGGCCGGGUGCACAAAAAGUCCAAGGAGGAGGUGUCGGGGACGCUGGAGGCCGUGCAGCUCCUGCACGGGGUGGCCCAGCUGCUGCCCAAGUCCAAGGAGAGCUACCACAGCAAGUGCCAGGAGUACGAGCGGCUGCGCAAGGAGGGCACCAGCCAGAAGGAGAUCGACAAGUGCCUGACCCCCCCCAAAUGGGAAUCCCCGGAUAACGACGUGGUGAGUAUCCCAGUGCCAGCCCUGGGAAUGCUGGGCUGCCCGGAGGUGGACGAGGACGGAUUCACCGUGCGCCCCGACAUCGCCCGCACCGAGGCGGAGAAUCCCGGCUGCUCCUCCAGCGACUCCGACUACGACGAGGACGAACCGCGCAAGUUUUACGUCCACAUCAAACCCGUGCAGCCCCGGGAGGGACCCGGCAGCGCCGAGGCCUCCGUGGAGCAGCUCAAGGCCACCGUGGGGAACCUCAUCCUUCCCCCCGGAAUUGGGGGCACCGUCAGGCGACAGUCGUCACGACACGUGGCAUCCCUGACCCCGGCCCCGAGUGACACGGACCCCGAGGGGACGCUGGCGGCGGGUGACAGCACAGGGAGGGGUCUCCCCGCAGCACAGGUGAACAGCGGCCCUGGGAAGAUGCCCCCGGACUCGGUGCCCCCCUCCGCUCUGUUCGGGCCCCCCCUGGAGUCGGCGUUCGAAGCCGAGGAUUUCCCGGCCCCCCGUGCCUACGUCCUCACCUCCUCCUCCUCGCCCUUCUCCUCCUCCUCCCCGGAGAACGUGGAGGACUCUGGCCUGGACUCGCCCUCCCACCCCGCGCCUGGACCCUCCCCGGACUCCAGACCCUGGACCCCCCAGCCGGGGACGCCGCAGAGCCCCCUCCCCAAGCAGGGCGGGCUCCCGGACCCCCCCCCGCCCCCCAGCCCCCGGGACCCCGGUGCCUGGGCCCCCCGGCCCCGCAGCCCCUCCGGCCGCCUCCCCGAGCCCCCCAACUUCGCCGUGUUUGGUGGCCCCGGGGCCGAGGGGCUCUGGGGGGACGGGGGGGACGGGGGGGCUGCUCCCCGGGGCCGCAGCCGCUGCCUCAGCGGCCCAGCCCCCCGGGAAGCCCCCUCACCCGACCCUUUUGGGGAGCCCCCGCCGUGGGUCAGACCCCGCAGCCCCGGGGGGGAGCAGCCCCCGCUGACGUGUCCUUCCUCCAACUCGGCCUCCUCCUCCUCCUCCUCGCCGGCCCCCCUGAGUGGGGGGGAGUCCUCCAGCCCCUCUCCGUGGACCUGCCAAGGGUCGGGGACGAGGCUGAGUGAGGGGGGCACGUCGGGGGCCCCCACGUCGCAGUCGGAGCCGGAUUCUCUCCCCGCCUGGCCCAGCGCAGCCCCCCGGGACGUCCCUCUCGUGGCCCCCCCUCGCCGCUCCCGCGCCAAGCGGCCGCCGGCCGGCCCUGCCGUGGGCAGCAACAGUGACCUGUCCCGCUCGCUGAGCCCCUCGCCCUCCUGGAGCUGCGGCCCCUCGCACUCGGCGCCCGCCAGCCUGAGCGAGCGCGGCUUCUUCGCCGUGUCCCAGCCGGCCCUCGGGCUGUCUCGGGGUCCCAGCCCCGUGGUGCUGGGCUCGCAGGACGCGCUGCCCGUGGCCACCGCCUUCACCGAGUACGUGCACGCCUACUUCAAGGGCCGCGACGCCGACAGCUGCCUGGUGAAGGUGACGGGGGAGCUCACCAUGUCCUUCCCCGCCGGCAUCGUCCGCGUGUUCAGCGGCACCGCGGCCCCCCCCGUGCUCAGCUUCCGACUGCUCAACACGGGGGCCAUCGAGCACUUCCUGCCCAACACCGACCUGCUCUACAGCGACCCCUCCCAGAGCGACCCCAGCACCAGGGACUUCUGGCUGAACAUGGCAGCGCUGACGGGGCAGCUGCAGCGGCAGGCGGAGCAGAGCCCGGCCGCCUCCUACUACAACGUGGCUCUGCUCAAGUACCAGUUCUCGCGGCUGGGCCCCGGCUCGGCGCCGCUGCGGCUCUGCGUGCGCUGGGACUGCGCGCCCGGGGCCACGCGGGUCAGCGUCGACUACGGCUACAACGCCGGCGCCCUGGCACUGCCCGUGCCCCUCGCCAACGUCCACGUCCUGCUGCCCGUCGAGGAGCCCCUCACCAACCUCCGGCUGCAGCCCGCGGCCAGCUGGAACCUGGAGGAGAAGAGGCUGCUCUGGAAGCUGCUGGACGUCCCCGGUGCCCCGGGGCAGGGAGGCUGUGGCCGGCUCUCGGCCAGCUGGGAGCCCCUGGGGGGGCCCAGUAAGCCCAGUCCCGUGGCCGCCCAGUUCAGCAGCGAGGGCAGCACCUUGUCGGGGGUGGAGGUGGAGCUGGCGAGCGCCGGGUACCGGAUGUCGCUGGUCAAGAAGAGGUUUGCUACAGGGAUCUACCUGGCGGGGUCCUGAGCCACCUCCCGCCGGACCCUCCGAGCCCCCCGGGCUUCCCCCUUGGUUGUGUGAACUUGAAACACUGGAUGGAGGCCGGCUGGGGAGGGGAGGGGGUGCUGCGGGGUGGGAGCCCCCCUUUUCCUCCUCCUUUUCCUCCUCCUCCUCCUCCUCCUCUCCCUGUUCCCCCUCCCCGUGGCUGUCACCGCGUCAGACCCCCC